AUGACGGCCAAGAAAGCAGCCAAACAGCAGAGCAACAAGGCUCUACCCGUGACGCCGACUGCUCCAGCAGAAGCUCGCCCUACACACAUGUUCCCCGCCGACCUGACGAAACCCCUCGAUGCCAUCGCCGACCCUAUCUAUCUCGAUCCCUUAAUCGCCUUCUACAUUCUCGCCGCUGCCCAUGCCGUCGCUGCUUUCUAUUUCCCCAUCCAAGAUUGCGACGAGGUCUACAACUACUAUGAGCCCACCCACUACUUGACCGAUGGCUACGGCAAGCAGACUUGGGAGUACUCUCCCGAAUACGCCAUCCGCAGCUGGGGCUACGUUUCUCUUCAUGCUAUUGUUGUUGGGCUACGUCGCAUAAUCCCCAUCUGGAGUCUGCCCAAGGUCUGGAAGUUCUACUUCUUGCGUACCGUGCUUGGUCUCAUCUGUGCCGGCUCGGAAGCCAGACUAUACUCCAAGAUCUCACGAACUCUUAAUCCUAGACUCGGCAUGCUCUUCUUCCUUAUCAUGCUCACGAGCCCUGGCAUGUUCCAUGCAUCCGUCUCGUACCUGCCCUCGUCUUUCUCCAUGUACACAACUGCGCUCGGCAUGGCUGCCUUCAUGGAUUGGCGCGGAGGUAUGCGUACCGCCCAGGGCAUGAUGUUUAUGAUUGGUGGUGCUUUACUCGGCUGGCCUUUUGCAGCUGCUCUCGUUGCCCCCUUCAUGAUCGAGGAGUUCAUGCUUGCUUAUUUUACUGACAAGCAAGAGUUUAUCGACUUCUGUUAUCGCAUUCUCGAUGGCACUGUUCGCUCCUUCAUUGUCCUUGUUCUGCAGUUCUUCUUUGACGCUUUCUUCUACCGAAAAGCUGCCCUCGUACCUUACAACAUUGUCUGGUACAAUGUUAUUGCUGCUCGCGACGGCAAGGGCCCCGAUAUCUAUGGCACCGAACCCUGGCAUUUCUACGCCCGUAAUCUCUUGCUCAACUUCAACAUCUGGUUCAUCAUUGCUUUGGCCUCCAUGCCUCUCUACUUCAUUCACGCCUUCGUUCUCCGUCAACCUAUCUUCAAACAGUCGUUAAUACGCGGUGUCUUCUUCCUCACUCCCUUUUACCUCUGGCUGGCUAUCUUUACCCUCCAGCCUCACAAGGAAGAGCGUUUCAUGUAUCCUAUCUACCCUGCUCUGGGCUUCCAACGCUGCCCUGGGUUCUCACAUUCUUCUCACUUGGCUCGGCACUUCCAAUCCCCGUUCCCUCAUCGCCAUGAUUCCUGCCAAGUUAAGACUUCUUUUCGCUGCUCUCUGCUUCAUUGCUGCUGUUGA